ACGAGGGUUUCCUCCCUCCUCUCCACGUGCGAUGCACGUGACAUAACCAGCGGAUACAACAGUAUUCGCCAUGAAGGUCGCAGAACUACCUCCUCCCACUCUUAUCUCCCCCUCGCCCAAAAUCCGAAACACAAAAGACGAAAAUAACCCCCAUUUUGAUGGCAUUUACAUCCCUACCCCUCCAUUUCAAGCCAUCCCACUCUCUCCACAUCUACAAAACCAUUCAUGGCAUCCAAUCCCCAUCCAUGUUCGCCAUCCCAUUCCCUCAAAACCCUAGAUUCUCCACCCUUUCUUCAAGUUCACCCUCCAUUGCCUGCAAAUUUACAGCUUCUGACACUAAACCUUUCCUCCGACAGCUGCGUCUUCCACGAAAACCCGUAGUCCGAACCUGCGCUUCGAAGGAAGAAUCUCAACCUCCCGAUGGCGAGGAACCUAUCUCCGUCCGCAAUGGGAAGAUCGCCAUUGCUUCUGCGAUUACGAUCGUUUUGGCAGUCGUGAAUCGCGUUCUGUACAAGCUCGCGCUUGUUCCGAUGAAGGAGUAUCCGUUCUUCAUGGCCCAAGUCACGACUUUCGGGUACGUGAUAAUCUAUUUUUCAAUUCUUUACUUUCGAAAUCGUGCCGGAGUCGUAACUAAAGAAAUGCUAGAUCUUCCAAAAUCCAGUUUUAUGUCCAUUGGUAUUCUAGAAGCCCUUGGAGUUGCUGCUGGGAUGUCUGCUGGAGCUAUGCUUCCAGGACCAGCUAUACCUAUUUUAUCUCAGACAUUCUUGGUGUGGCAGCUUAUCUUUUCUUGCUUCAUUUUAGGAAGACAAUACUCACUCCAUGAAGUACUUGGCUGCUUGCUUGUAGCUGCUGGUGUGGUUGUUGCAGUGGCAAGUGGAUCAAAUGAGACUCAAUUACUGUCCCAAGUGGAAUUUCUAUGGCCAGCUCUAAUGAUAGCGUCAUCUGCAUUUCAAGCUGCUGCUUCAAUUAUCAAGGAAUUUGUUUUCAUUGAUGCUGAAAAGCGCCUUGAGGGGAAGCCUGUGGACAUAUUUGUGGUCAAUUCUUUUGGGUCUGGGUUCCAGGCUCUUUUUGUGUUACUUCUUCUUCCUUUCCUAUCAAGCAUGAGAGGAAUUCCAUUUAGUGAGCUCCCUUUGUACCUAAGAAGUGGUGCUGGUUGCUUUAUGAAUAUUGGUGCUGAUAUAACAGGUUGCGAAGGCGCUCCUCUUCUUCCCCUGCUUUACAUAACCAUCAACCUGGCUUUCAACAUCUCAGUGCUUUAUCUGGUAAAGAUUUCAUCUGCGGUGGUUUCGUCGCUUGCAGCAACAUUAUCAGUGCCGAUUGCUAUUUAUGUCCUUACGCUGCCAUUGCCUUAUAUGCCCCAAGGCGAAAGCUUGAGCCCAUAUUUCAUCUUCGGUAGUGCGAUUCUGGUGUUGGGUCUGGUACUGUACAAUCUACCUCGUCCUGCUGAUGAAGGCUCCAAAACCAUCUGAUGUUGUACAAUUAACCCAUUCAAUUAAAA